AACGAGCUCGUGCAGGGAGCACUCUGCGCGCACAGAACGAGCACGGAGCGCACGCGAAGCGGCGGCAUGGCAUCGUCCCAGGGGAAAGGUGAACUCCGCUACGCGGACUGGAUGGCGAGUUUGCCCGAGAACCUGCACGCUCUGCCUCUCACGAACCUCGCGAUACCGGGAUCUCAUGACUCCUUCAGCUUCUACAUAGACGAGGCGUCCCCCGUCGGUCCGGAGCAACCCGACACCGUGCAGAACUUCGUCUCCGUCUUCGGCACCGUGGCCAAGAAGCUGAUGAGGAAAUGGCUGGCCACGCAGACCAUGAACUUCUCCAGUCAGCUGGAGGCAGGCAUCCGCUUCUUUGACCUCCGCAUCUCCACCAAGCCGCGAGACCCCGACAACGAGCUGUACUUCGCCCACGGGCUGUUCAGUGCCACAGUGCGAGAGGGCCUGGAGCAGAUCAAUGCCUUCCUGGCCUCGCACGCACGGGAGGUCGUCUUUCUGGACUUCAACCACUUCUAUGGAGUCCAGAACCUCCACCACGAGAAGCUGGUACAGAUGCUGCGUCUGGUGUUCGGCGAGCGCCUGUGCCCCGUCGUCUUCGCUCAGGAGGUCAGUCUGAAGUACCUGUGGGAGAAGGAGUACCAGGUCCUGGUGUUCUACCACAACCCCAUGGCAUUGGAGGUGCCCUUCCUGUGGCCUGGUCAGAUGAUGCCGGCCCCCUGGGCCAACACCACAGACCCCGACAAGCUGAUCCAGUUCCUGCAGGCUGCCGUGACCGACCGCCGACGCAAGGGAACCUUCUUCGUGUCCCAGAUGGUUCUGACACCCAAAGCUAGCACAGUAAUGAAAGGGGUUGCCAGCGGCUUGAGAGAGACCAUCACAGAGAGAGCCCUUCCCGGUAUGAUGCAGUGGGUACGUUCUCAGCGUCCAGGAGAGAGUGGUGUGAACAUCAUCACGGCCGACUUUGUGGAGCUGGGUGAGUUCAUCAGCGCGGUUAUCACCCUCAACUACUACCUGGGUGAAGAUGAGGAGAACGUCACCUGAGCAACCAUCACCGCCCGCACCUGGAUACACCCGCAUUGCGUGCUCGCUCUCUCUCUCUCUCGCUCCCUUUUUCUUUCUCUCUCUCUCUCGCUCCCUUUUUCUUCCUUUCUCUCACUCUGUCCCUCUCCUCCUCUCUGAAAAGUCGCCUUCCUCUGACAUUUCUAGGGCUACUGAAUUAAAGGCAGGGCGGUCUGAAGGCAGAUGCAGUGUGUUGGACUGAGGACAGAGGUGAAGGGGAGGAACUCUUGAGUUGUGUGUGUGUGUGUGUGUGUGUGUGUGAGAGUGUGUGAGUGUGUGUGUAAAUGAGUUUGCUCCUGCUAUGUGAUUUGCAGUAGUAACCGGUGCAUCACAGAUUCCUGUCCUGACUCUGUGUAGUAACGGUGACAUAUUAACUCCUGUCAUGGUGAAUAAAUGUAGUCUGUGCAGUGACUGUGACCCUAUAGUAGGUGUAACUGCAGUGGUGUAACUUGUAUGAUCGUCAGUUUGUAAAUAUGUGUAAACCGGUUGAAUUUAUUAUCCGUCAUGCCACACACGUCAUGAUAAGGUUCGGUUGUUUAGUACGUUCCUGUUUUUUACGUGAAUGAAUAGAUUCAGCAUUGUACCAACAUGUGACUUACCCCACCGUCCUCAGUGGAAAUGUGUGUGUUAUUUCCCCGACGCACUCGGCAGACCAAAGCAGCUGGUGUGUGUGUGUGCAUUACGUGAUU